UCCCCCCUAUAAGUGCCCAUGACCCCAUCGGGUGAGCUUGUAGAUUUCCACCGGCUUUUAUCAGGCCUAAAAAGGGAGCCCCGGGAAACGGGACAAGGAACCAGGCCGGAUUUGGAAAGCACUUGGAUCUCCAAGAAGUGGUGUUAGCGCGCCCUGGUGGCAAUCGGCGGAACGGCACAUGUUUUGUCCCGGCUCCUCCUCCGGGGCCAAAGGUGCUUCCUGGUCAUCUGGCAGCUUCUGUCCAAUGGGGCAAAGCUAACGUGAGACGGAGAAGGUGGCACCUGCACUGGGGGUCUUGGAGGCAGGAAGGAUGGCAUUGAUGACCGCUGACAGCCCUUGUUCCUGCGACUGCUUUGUCUCUCUGCCCCCGGCGUCUGCCAUCCCAGCGGUGAUUUUUGCCAAGAACUCAGACCGACCACGAGACGAGGUGCAGGAGGUGGUGUUUGUGCCUGCAGGCACGCAUGCCCCUGGGAGCCGGCUGCAGUGCACCUACAUCGAGGUGGAUCAGGUGCCCAAGACCCACGCGGUGGUUCUGAGCCGCCCCUCUUGGCUGUGGGGGGCCGAGAUGGGUGCCAACGAGCAUGGGGUCUGCAUUGGCAAUGAGGCCGUGUGGACCAAGGAGCCGGUCCAGGACGGGGAGGCCCUGCUGGGCAUGGACCUCCUCAGGCUGGCGUUAGAGCGGGGCAGCACUGCCCAGGAGGCCAUGCUGCUGAUCACAGGCCUGCUGCAGCACUAUGGGCAGGGGGGCAGCUGCCGGGAGGACCCGGCGCCCUUCUGCUACCACAACACCUUCCUGCUGGCCGACCGGACGGAGGCGUGGGUGCUGGAGACGGCAGGGAGGCUGUGGGCAGCUCAGAGGAUCCGGGCGGGGGCCCGGAACCUCUCCAACCAGCUGAGCAUCGGCGCGGACAUCUCAGCAGAACACCCGGAGCUUCGGAGCCACGCCCGGGCCCAGGGCUGGUGGGGCGGCCAGGGCUCCUUUGACUUCGCCCAGGUCUUCUCACUGUCCCAGCAGCCCGUGCGCAUGGAGGCAGCCAAGGCGCGCUUCCGGGCAGGGCGUGAGCUGCUGCAGCAACGGCAAGGGGACAUCACGGCAGAGACGAUGAUGGACAUUCUCAGGGACAAGGACAGUGGCAUCUGCAUGGACUCAGGGGGCUUCCGCACCACAGCCAGCAUGGUGUCCGUGCUGCCCCAGGACCCCUCGCAGCCCUGUGUCCACUUCCUCACUGCCACCCCAGACCCGUCCAGGCCCCCCAGGUGCUGUCCCCCACUUUUGGAGCUGAAGACCCUGUGCGGAUCCUGCCCCGAUUCCAGACUCGGGUGGAUCGCAGACAUACACUCUAUAGAGAACAUCAGGUGGCCCUGGGGCGGAUGGAGGCUGAGAAGGUGUGGGGACAGCAGCUCCACCAGAGGCAGCGAAACCUGGAACGGGAGGGCCUGGCAGUCCUGCAGGGACUGCUGGCCGCCGGUGAGGGGACCCCACCGCCACAGCAGCUGGGCAGCCUCUUCCAGGACUUUGUGGAGAGAGAGAGCCAGGCCUAUGCCUAGCAGUCGGCAGGCAGCCACCUGCAGCAGCCUCUGAGCUGCUGCGGGAGGAGGAGAAUUCCUUCCAGCCUUUGCCUUAAUAAAUGUGUUUUAUUUUCUGGUCCAA